AUGCCCCAGAACCCCACCCCGGCCCCACGCAGUACCUCUCCCGCUCCCUCGCACACUUCUCAGGUCUCCCUGACCAGCGUCACCAACGAAGAGGACCCGUAUGCUUUCCUAGCUCAAUUUGAUACGGUUUUCGUUAUUGACGACUCCGGCUCUAUGGCUGGUCGCUCAUGGCGCGAGGUUAAAGAUGCUCUGCGUGCCAUCACCCCAAUCUGCACGGCCCACGACGCCGACGGGAUCGACCUCUUCUUCCUCAACCACAAAUCCGCCCAGCCCGCUGCCAAGGGCUCUGCUGCCGGCGGCUUUCGUGGGAUCAACGACGCGGCGAGAGUCGAAAACAUUUUCGCCACCGUUCGCCCUUCUGGUGGCACACCUACUGGCACUCGCCUCCACGCCAUUCUGAAGCCCUACCUCGCUCUCUGCGUCGCCAACGAGGCCGACAUUGAGUCCGUCAAGCCCAUUAACAUCAUCGUCAUCACCGAUGGCGUGCCUUCUGAUGAUGUCGAGACGGUCCUCAUCAACGCUGCCAAGAAGCUUGACAAGAUUGAUGCACCUCCGUACCAGGUUGGGAUCCAGUUCUUCCAGGUCGGAAACGAAGAGGGCGCGCGCGAGGCCUUGAAGGAGCUCGACGAUGGCUUGGCUGAGCUCGUUGAUGGUGGUGUCAGAGACAUGGUCGAUACCGUAACGUGGAACAAGGGCGGCGACAACACGCUAUCAGCCAGCAACAUAUUGAAGGUAGUGCUGGGUGCCGUUGUCAAGAGGCUCGACAGACGGAGGGCCAGCGGCGAGAGCCGCCGAUCUGCGCGGCAUCUCGCUCCAUAA